CUGCUGAGAUCUCAAUCUGGGCCCUCAGUUCCCGCCCCAGAAACCCAGGAACAGACACUCGGAGACCUGGCCCCACACUCCUUGCUCCAAGGGGCAGGCAGGACAGGCUGAAAAUAGAAACCACUUCCAAAAAGAUAAAGCCCAGGAGCCCCCAUCUGCACAGCAAUGCCGACAGGACGUGCACAUACAGAGUAGCCGGCUGUCCACACCCCGGUUUCAGCCUUUCCCCAGGCCCUGUGAACCUCAGGACCCCAGGACACGGGUCCAUCCCAUCUUCCAGAGCCCCGGUGUGCGCAUGUGGAGUGCGGUGUGGCUUGGGGGGGUGUCCGGUGGGAGGAGGAUUUGAUUCCUGUUUCCUGCUCCUACUCACUCAGCCCUAGGAGGUGACUGAGAGUGGAGAGGACUCGAGGGGGAUGACUCCAGCAGAGCCCCCCACUCCUUUGAAAAGCUCAAAGGAAGAUGUCAGACCCGUCUCUUCCUAUAGCAACACCCCCUACCCAGAAGCCCCCUCGGAUCAUCCGCCCGCGCCCCCCCUCUCGACCUCGGGCUGCCCAGUCCCCUGGGCCCCCCCACAAUGGCUCUUCUCCUCAAGAACCUUCUGGCACCUCCAAUGAUGCACCGACCCCAAUGUGCUCCCCCAUCUUCUGGGAACCCCCUGCCUCUUCCCUCAAGCCCCCUGGCCUGCUGCCCCCUUCCGCUUCUAAAACCAGCCUCGACUCUCAGGCCUCCCCAGACUCCCCUUCCAGCACCCCCAGUCCAGUGUCCCGGCGCUCCAUCUCCCCAGAACCUGCACCCAGGUCUCCAGUCCCCCCACCCAAACCCUCCGGGUCACCCCGCACACCUCUGCCCCUGCCGCACCCAGCCCCCCGGGGCCAAGCCCAGGAUGGCCCUGCCUCUGCCCCAGGCACUGUGCGGAGACUGGCUGGCAAAUUCGAAUGGGGGACUGAGGGCCGGGUCCAGGCUGCACACGCGACAGAGCCAGCUCCCCAGGGGGGCAUGGAUGUGAAUGGGGAGAGAGAGACUCUCCGGGGCAGCCUCAGGAGAAGGGGAUCCCAGGAGAAUGGCGCACCGGAUGCUGCCCAGGCCUGCCCGCCCUGCUGCCCCUGUGUCUGCCAUGUAGCCCGGCCUGGCCUGGAGCUCCGGUGGGUCCCUGUGGGGGGCUAUGAGGAUGGUCCCAAGGCCCUCUGCCGAGCCUCCCCACUGCGGGCCUCCCGCUCCCGCCCCAACCCUCCCAGCAUCAGUCACCCCUCAGUGGUCCUCACGUCUUACCGCUCCACUGCUGAGCGCAAACUCCUGCCACCUCUCAAACCCCCAAAACCAACUCGGGUCAGGCAGGACCCCACCAUCUCGGGGGACCCCCCACAGCCAGAUCUUCGUCUGCCCUCUGAAGAUGGAAACCAAACAGGGAACAGUCCAGAUGAAGCCCCUCAGAAUGAUGCUCCAGCAACCAUGGAGGGCAGGGAUGAGGGCCUGAAGGAGCUGAAGGAGCAGAACUGGGAGGUGCCCCUGCAGGAUGAACCCCUGUACCAGACCUACCGCGCAGCCGUGCUGUCAGAGGAGCUGUGGGGGGUCAGUACGGAGGGGAGUUCCUCUCCGACAAACCCUGGAGACGCUCCCACCUUCGCCCGACUCCCUGGCCCCCGAAACACGCUGUGGCAGGAGCUCCCGGCGGUGCGAGCCAGUGGCCUCCUGGACACGCUCAGCCCCCAGGAGAGGCGCAUGCAGGAGAGCCUGUUCGAGGUGGUGACCUCCGAGGCCUCCUACCUGCGCUCCCUGCAGCUGCUGACCGACACCUUCGUGCGGAGCCAGGCGCUCCGGGACACGCUCACCCCCCGCGACCACCACACCCUCUUCUCCAACGUGCAGAGAGUCCAGGAAGUCAGCGAGUGGUUUCUCGAGGCGUUGCUGUCCCGUGUACGCUCUUCCCCCCACAUCAACGACCUUUGCGACGUGGUGCAUGCCCACGCCGUGGGCCCUUUCUCCGUGUACGUGGAUUACGUGCGCAACCAGCAGUACCAGGAGGAGACCUACAGCCGCCUUAUGGACACGAACGUGCGCUUCUCCGCGGAGCUGCGCCGGCUGCAGAGCCUCCCCAAGUGUGAGCGGCUCCCGCUGCCGUCCUUCCUGCUGCUGCCCUUUCAGCGCAUCACGCGGCUCCGCAUGCUGCUGCAGAACAUCCUCCACCAGACAGAGGAGGGGUCCAGCCGCCAGGAGAAUGCCCAGAAGGCCCUGGGUGCUAUCAGCAAGAUCAUUGAGCGUUGCAGUGCUGAGGUGGGGCGCAUGAAGCAGACGGAGGAGCUGAUCCGGCUCACCCAGAGGCUGCGCUUCCACAAAGUCAAGGCCCUGCCCCUGGUCUCCUGGUCGAGGCGCCUGGAGUUGCAGGGGGAGCUGACGGAGUUAGGGUGCCGGAGAGGGGGCAUGCUCUUCACCUCGCGCCCCCGCUUCACUCCCCUCUGCCUGCUGCUCUUUAGUGACCUGCUGCUCAUCACGCAGCCUAAGAGUGGGCAGCGGCUACAGGUGCUGGACUAUGCCCAUCGCUCCCUGGUCCAGGCCCAGCAGGUUCCAGACCCAUCUGGACCCCCGACGUUCCGCCUCUCCCUUCUCAGCAACCACCAGGGCCGCCCCACCCAACGGCUACUCCAAGCUUCCUCCCUAUCAGACAUGCAGCGCUGGCUGGGAGCCUUCCCCACCCCCGGCCCCCUUCCCUGCUCCCCAGACACCAUCUAUGAGGACUGUGAAUGUUCCCAGGAUCUGUGUUCAGAGCCUUCGACACCAGCCAAGACUGAGGGACAGGGUCUGGAGUCCAGGGCUCCCCCCAAGCACCUACACAAGAGCCCUGAAGGCUGGCUGAAGGGCCUUCCUGGGGCCUUCCCUGCCCAACUGGUGUGUGAAGUCACAGGGGAACAUGAAAGGAGGAGGCACCUUCGCCAGCACCAGAGGCUCCUUGAGGCUGCUGGACCGUCUUCAGGAAACCCCAGUGCCCCCCAAUCCUAAUGCAUGCUGGGGAGGGGGCACAGGUGGGGACAGCUGGCAGCGUGGCACAGAGAGGACAAAGCUCAUCUAUCUAUUGGAUUCGCUGUCAGUGGAAAUACUACCUCUAGUGGCAACCAAUAGGGACCAAGCUUCAGGACAAGGCAGCCAAUGAAAACAGGAUGGUCAGAGCCCAGGCAAUGAGGGAGAACGAGGCUGGUUUGAGUGUGUGGCCAAUGGAGACAGAGGCUUAGUGCAGAGCGGCUGAUCUGGACCCAAGAGAUCAGUAGUGACUCUCUUCGGUUCUAUAGCAACAGCCAGUCCUGCCCUUUGAAUCGAAGAAGUAUUAGAUUUCAUUCUCAGGGUGUUUCCUAUGUCCUCUCAAGCCAGGUUUUCUCUUCUAGAAGAAUCCAGUGUGUGUUUCUCGGAGAGUGUGUGUGUGUGUGUGUGUGUGUAUCUGUGAGUGUGGUAUGUGUAUGAUCUUGCCUUCUCCCCCAUGAGUGACUGCCCCAGUUCUUCCCUCAGCCCCCAUUUUAACUAUUGUUCUCUCCGAGAAAGACCCCAGGUCUGAGUGCCAGAGGAGAAUGAGCUGGAUGUGGCUUGGCGGCCAGAGGCCAGAGCUCGGUUGAGAGCCCUGGGAUCUGGGACUCUUGGAGGCCAGAGUCCCAUGACAAUUAGAGGGUGAUGUUAUGGAGCAGACAAGCAGCCUGGCAGAGGAGCCCAAGGGACUUCUGAAGACGGCCAGUAGCUGGGGCCUGAGGGCCCCUGAAGCCCACAAGCCCUUCUCCUUGCCCCAAAGCUUGGCGUCUGUAAUCUUUGCUGGGAAAGCACCCAACUGAACUAUAAUCAGCGUCCAGCCUUGGCCUUGGACCCCAAGAAACGGAAGAAACGGAAGCUGUGGAUCAUGGGCCAGCUGGUGAGCUGCUGGGCCUUCCUGCCUUCAUCCUGGUCCUCUCACAGAGACGUGGGGCCAAGCAAUGGGCAGAGAAUAGAGAGGGUCUGCUUCUGGAUGAGAAAUGGCCCCCAUGCGAUGCCACAAGGAGCUGAGGGACUGACAGAGUGGAGCAGACAGCUGCUGGCGAGGGGGGCCCAGGUCUGGCACAAGGCCUUCUCUGAGCUAGGCCAUCACCCCUUCCCUUCACUCGUGCACAGAAACUUGCCCAGGACAGAAACUGCCACGCUGACCACAGGAGGCGCAGGGACUCUCGGAGACUCAGAGGGAGACAGGCACUGGCAUUGGCAUGUCUGUGACUUUGGAGACUCACCGGGCACUGUGCCUGGCAUAUGAGAAACCUGCAAUAAAUGUUGGUGGAGCUGUAUUGAGGCUCUUUGGGGGACUGUGUGCUUAAAGGAGCAGUGGUUUCCCGCUGUGGCUUUAUAAGGGGGGUGGGGCUGGCUGGAAAGGGAUUCUUCCAGAGCAGAGGUCAGUUCUGCUGGGAACCGGGCUUGGAGACUAGGCUCAAGGCUCCAGCGUGUCAGCCCACUCCUCCCUGCCCAGGGAUCCGAGGCUGCGGUGGUGGUGGGUGUGCAGAUGCUGGGGUGCAAGGCUCCUGCAGGUUGGGGGAGAAGAUAGGGCAGCGCCAGGGCUCCAGCAGGGGAUGGAGAUGCAGGGAGCAGGACAAAGACGGCAGUCAGCAAUAAAGGUCUUUC